AUGGCUGAUGACUUUGAUGUAGAAGCAAUGCUUGAGGCACCAUACAGAAAAGAGGUGAGUUGAUAUAGGGUUUUGGUGAAAUUUAGUCAAAGCACUUACAUGUAGUAAAAACCACUGAUGUCUUGAAUGGGUGGCCUUGCUCAUGCUUUUCCUCCAUGGUUUUUCAAUAAGGUCUGAAGCAAAUCAUAAUGAAAAAGUUAAAAGCAGGUUUCUGAAGGCAUUUCAAACCCAGACAGUCAUUAUUAGCAAUGAGAUAUGAACAACUUGGUAAUGGAGAUUUGAAGUGACUUAUAAUUUUCUGUCAUAUUGGACAAAAGUAAAAGAAAUGGAAACUGGCUUAAAAAUCUGUAUUCUGUUCAAAACUCUUUAUAAGAAAUUUGUAGGAUAUGAUUUUUUCUCGUUAUUAUAAUAACUUUUCCCCAAAAGUUUACUGAAAUUUUAGAUUGUGGCAGUCAGUAUAUCUUUGAGCUAGCUUCUUUCUUGCCCAGUCAUCUGACCCCAGUAUCUUAUUUUCUGUUUUGUAGACUUGAAAUUACAGCACAACCAGCCCUUUGAGGUAGUUACAGACCACCUCGACUGACACAAUCGUUGUAUUUAUGAACUGCGCUAUACUGGGCUAACCUUUUGUGUCAUUUUUGUUCUGAUUUUAUUGAAAAUAAAUAAAACUUCAUUCUCCCAUUUGAAUUAAAUUUCUUAACAAAAAUUUUAAGGCAAGUAUUUUGCAGAUCCUUUCACUAAAAGGAUGAGGUCAUGAACUUUCAAAGCUUUCAGAUGCAUUAUUAAUUUUCUACAAGAAGGCUGUGUUUAAAAAAAAUUUACACACUGUACAUUUUUCUGACUAGACUGAGUGCCUUCUUCCUAGCUUUUGAGAUGAACCGUUGAGGUGGGUAUGUGGUGCUCAGAUUCUUUUAGCAUUCACAUUCACUGCAGUGUUGUCAUCAUGCAUCAGUUACUGUGCCAGCAGUCGUACCAUCAAUAACAUAGUAAUAUAAUUGUAACAUAGCAAAGCAAACGACCAUAUUUCUGUUUACCUAGGUUCUCCCCAGGGGUAGACUUAUGUAAAAUCUGUGGUUUGUAGCAAGAUUAUCUUGGAAAUCAUGAACCAGGAUAAUCUACUGGAUGUAUGUUUGGUGUCUCUUUUAUGAAGAGAGAUUGUCUUCUUCUUUCUUUUAGACUCCUCCCUCUCAAGCAAACGGGAAGGGUGACUCAAACCGGACAAGUAGUGAUGGGGAAGAGAGAAGAAAACGGUAAGAUUACAAGAGGGGUGUUCUCCUUACUCAAGGAGUCUUAUCUCUAAAAUGUAAAGCCUUUGCAUUCGCUUAUCCAGAUGAACUCUAGAAACAGACACCAAAACACCGUCAGGUUUUUAUUCAGCUCAUGUAAUUCCAUACAUGGUGGAAGGGUUGCAAAGGGACAUAAAGGAUGCGAAGUCAAUUUAUCAGACCACUUGAUCAGUGCUCAAGGUGAAGAUACAUGUACACCUAACAAGCUUCUUCAGUUUUGCAGCACCUCAUGACAACCAAGCAAUGUGAAAUCUGAGCGAAUAUUUCUGUUUUCGCCCUAGGUAGAAAUUUUAGGUUAUGCAAGGCAUAAUUACAGCGGAUGAUCACUGGACUACAAGAUGUCUGGUUUUUGAUGUUAACAGGUUGAAGUAAAUGGCCAUUCAGGGGAGGGUUGGAGUGUACUCUUUUUUAGAUUUCAGCCUAAAUUUGUAACAAGGCAGAAGUUAAAAAAGCAGGACUACUAGUCAGGAAAACCAUACUCUGAAAACAUUAUACAGUUUCUACACUUUUCUAUAAUUGCCAAGUUAUUAUCACCUGGCAAAAGUAAAUGGCAGAGAUGCCUCUAUGCGUAGAUGGUUGCUGAUCAUCUGAUUGAGAGAAAAUUAGAAAAAAGUAAAGUCUUUUUUAUACCUUUAUAGUACAUAAUUCCUGAGUGUAGCAAACUAAUGUUGUUGAUUGAAGUUGCAUUGAUUGUGAGUUGGCAUAUUGAUGUUGACAGCUUGGUUGAUAUUUACAGGGAAUACCCAAUAGAAUUUUAAAAGCCAAAAGUUAAUCUUUUGUUUCAUAGGUUGGAAUUAAAUGCACCAUAGUUUUUGCUGAUUAAGUUGUAAUAGCAACAGUCUUGUUCAUUCCUUGGUUCCCAGUAUAGAGCUGCACUAAGCUUAGACAUUUUGGACUGAUCAAAAUUUUUUUUACUUGCUCUGAAUAAGCUACAUUUGCUUCAUCUUCCUAAGUUAACAUUUUCCUUCUACAGUGUAGCUUCAGAUGUGCCAUAACAUGUUUUCUCUCAUUUCAAACAGUUGUUUGCAUCUGAACAUGAUCCACUAAGAGCAAAUAAAGGUAUUGUAUUAUCUACAACGUCAGUGUUACGCUGCAAAAAUCCUGGCCACCAGAAGGAAAGCAUCUUGUUAAUAACCUUUAUUGCCUACUUUUUGCCAAUCUUGGGUAAGAGGGCAAAAAUCUUGUAAAAGUACUGCAAAAAGUUUCAAUAUAUCCCAAGGGGUAUAGGCUUAAAAGCCCGUAGUUGUCUCAAAAUAUUUAUCAAACUGUUCUGACUGUUUUUCUCGGUACUUUUGUCAACAGUAGUCAUCGAAAUCGGAGUCGCAGUAGAAGCACUGGAAGGUAACUCUUCUGUUCUCUGUUUGAUGAGUAGCACAAUCACCAUGCCCAUAGGGGGUUGACUGCAAACUUUCAAUUAUUUCUUCUGUUUUACAUUUUCAUUGAAGCCAAAUCUUUGCUUACAGGUAAAGUUGUUCUUAUUGAUUAUUGUAAAAGCAAAAAAUCAGAAAACCACAUUACUGUCUUCGGGAAAAUACCCGUGAAAGAUGAAAAAUCGAGCCAAUUUUGGUUGUAACGCGUAACACAAUAUCAGUGGUAAAAUUUUUGAAAUACAGUUUCCACUGAAAAGAAAGCUCGUUUGACUAAACAAAUUACACCUAAUGAUAACACACAAUAAACACUACAUUUGAGCAAAACUUUGACAUUUCAAGUUAAUUACAACGAAUAGAAAAGAUUCGUCAUUCUUAAGUAUCCUUUGUGUAACGCUGGGUUUCAGAAUUUGGAAGUACACCAAGUUGUUGUCCGUAGAUUGACUGAACUGGAAUCCUGUGGGAACAAAAACACAUUAACCAAAUGCUCAUACUUGGUGUUCUAAAAUAGCGAAAAAUCAGUCUAAAGGAUUGACUAUAAACGGAGAAAUAUCAGUGUAAAACAGUCGCUACGGUUUUUUAAAACCUGAUUACGCAAUAAUAUUUUUCUUCAACUUACCUUCCCCUUCGCCACUAUACUUCAAACACGGCGAAGUCGGGUUUCAAAAUCGAUUACACUUCAAUGCUCAUAAGUUUCUCUUGUCAUUUCCAAGUUUUCGGGUCCAUAUCUUUAGAAACGGCCAAAAUAUUCACUUUUGACCAAGUCGCUACGCUUUUUACCAUGUUGACGCCAUAUUGAGAACGAAGUCUCGCCACAAAUGCCACCAAAAGCGCUAUGAAAUCUGCUGUUUGCUCUGCCAUUUUCGCCUUCAUCUUUUCAUCUCCGUGUCGAAAAUAGCUUGGUAACUGUAGGCGCAAGAAUUUGUAUUAUCAUUUUUUGUUAGUGUUGGUGUUUCAUAGUUUUGUGUUAGAUGUUUACUUUCUUGUCUUCAUUAGUGUCCUUUGUCAGUUACCAGUUUUGCACUUGUAAUAUUUAUUUGCAUAUCGUAUAUAUAUUGGUUGCAUGUAAUUUAUUUGGUUAGUUGUCUAGUUUGCAAAAAUUAUCGUUACAUAUCUAGCUUUCAUGUUUUCGUCUUUGGUUUGGUCACAUUCGUCUUGUAAGUAUCCUUGUUUAUUUCGCUUUGUCGUUUUCCAGUACUUUCACUCAUACGAUGUAAGUUAUUUUAUGCUCAUUCGUGUGUUUGUAGUUUUGUCAUUUUCAGUUACCGUAUUCAACAAUGUGUCAAGUUUGUUCUAGUAAAGUUUGAAAUACGAGUGAUUAGCGUUUGCGGCUAUAGUAACCUUUCCUGUUUUGGCGGUUUCUGCGACGUUAUCAAGGGUCGCCGGGUCUUCAAGCUCAAUAAUUUUUCUGAGAUUUAGCAAUCUGUAAAAAUCGCUUCAAGUGCGCUUGACAAGAGGUAUGGUUAACGAAAAGGAAGAAAAGCUUGCGAGGAUCAAAGAGUGGAGGAGGAAAAAGCAGGAAAAGAAUAGUCUAAGGAAUCUAAAAUAUAAUGAAAAGAAUCACAAAAAGAGAGCUGAAUUUCCAAGAGAAAAAUGGUGAUGUGAUCUUCAAGUUGUAAAAAGAGGCAGAAAGUCUGUUUUUAGAGUGCCAGUUGAUCUCACUGAGGAGAUACUAGCCUCCAUGUAAUGCAAAAUGUUAUUAUUUCUACUUUUUACUAUGUCAGUGAACUCGAAAUUGAUUAUUUGUGAAAAAGACCACACCCACAAGGGAUUCUGGGUAAAUACAAAUUUGAAUCAAAUGUGACAAAAAUAAAAUAGUUUGAAAUAAAUCAGUUGUAAUAGUAAAUGGGAGUUUAAAAUAGACCUAAAGAAGUGAUUUUGUCCCAAACUAGCAAUUUUCACAUUUUCCGUACAUGUUACAGAAGUGGGUAUGGUGAUUGUGCUACUCAUCUUUGGAAUUUAACAAUUUGAUUUUUCUUCUCUAAUGAACUUGUGUUAGAAUUGUAACUUAUUGUUAGGUUUGAUAAUUUCAGGAGUCGGAGACGUCGUAGCCGUAGCAGAAGCCAGGAGAAGUAAGACUUGUUCUAUUCAGUAGAACUUAUUAACCCUUUUUGGUGUUUGUAUCUAGUUCAACUGUUAAUUUAGGAGUUUGUGGGAACUAACUGCAUUGUUUGGAAGAUUGAAUGAGACUUGAUGAUGGCUUUUCCACACAGCUCAUGUCAACCCAUCUGGCCCAAUGUAUACACUUGUCAGCUUUCACCAAUGCUUUCCAUGUGACUGCAUGCAAAGGGGCAUAUAGCGCAUUUCAUCUUUUAAUUAAUAUCAUUGUUAUUAUUAUUCAAGGGAAAGUUUUUUCAAAUAGAUAUUGAAACUAUGGUCACUUUUUAAUGUUUUAGAGCUCGGAGAGGUCGGAGUCGUUCAAGAGAUCGUGACAGGUACAGAUAUACUUUUUGUACUUUUUUCUUAUUGCUAAUGGAUGGUCAAUUGUUUGACACUUAAGUCUACCAGAUUCUUUAUAAUUUCCAUCAUUUGUCAACUAUGACUUUCUUUCUUGUUGCCUGGUUUCAGAAGGCGUAAACGUCAGAGCAGUAGCGGGAGUAGAAGCCGUUCAAGAAGCCCAGACAGAAGGCGCAAAAGGUUGGUAAAGCCUAGUCAAAUAACUUGUGGAAGAAAUGUUUUAAUCAAGUCCUUAAGCUGUUCCAUUACUAGUUGUUUAGUUCUGCAAACAGGGAAGGUCCUGAACUAGUUUUCUUUUGUUAAUCAGUUUCUGUAAUGCGUCAAAGGUUCAUGAUUGCUGCAGGGUGUGAAAUUAGGGCUGGUUAACAGACAAUACUCGGCCAAAUGAAGGUUUUGUUUGGUCUACUCCUUGGAUGGCUGGAAAGUUCAUGUAAUAGUUUAUUAGUGAAAAGAGGAGGUAAUUCCGAGCUGAAUUUAGGUUUUAAAAAUGGCUUAAUGGGUUAGGGUUAGGUAUCACUUUUCCUGAGUUGAGUUCAAGGAUGCUUGUACAAUAUAAGCAUGGUAACAUUGUUUGGGGGAGAGGUGGGUGGGGUAGAAUAAUUUGAUGUUUGUGAAAUCAUGUCAAGUGACCAAAGACUUUUAACCUGCAUUGUACAUGUAGUUAGGUUAACCCUUUGUUAAAUGAAAAAGCAGAAAAUUUUGAUGGACCUUGUUUUUGUUUUUGUUGGUUAUGUACCAUGGUGACCUUUUUUUGAGAGGAAAUUUGGGGGUAAAAUAUCAUGAAUAUAAUUUAUUAAGAUGUGUAUGAACCUUGUCCUUCACUCUUACAUUCUAGCCAUGAUCAGAGAGAAAGACGUGAUAGAAAAAGAAGUGUAAGUCGUAGUCCAAGUCCAUCAAGUCAUAAGAAGAGGGAUGAAGCAGAUGGAGGCAAUAGUGGCACUAUUGUACAGCGUCUUGAAAGGUAACAUAAUUUCCUUGAAAAUCUCGAUUAGUGUUGUUUUAUAUUUUUUAAAUAGUGCUAAACUUAGGAAGAGUGGAUUGGCUUUCUUCCUUCAGUGACCAUAUCAUCACAAAUAUAGUAUAGUUUCAGUUCAACCAUUUCUACAGAGGAGAAACUGAAGCUCAGUAGUAUUAUGACUUUUCUUUUAGGAGGGAGCUAAAGCCUGCAGAGGAUAUAACGCCAGAGGAGAGGGAUGCUAGAACAGCAUUCUGCAUGCAGCUGGCAAGAAAUAUCAGACCUAGAGAUCUGGAAGAAUUUUUUUCAAAAGUGGGCCAGGUAAGCAGUGAGAGGAAGGGUUGCUUAUAUUCAUCCACUUGUAUAUGUUGCAUUGCAUUCCAUUUUGUCCUGUGUUGGGGUUAGUAAUGCUAUAGGUAAUUUAUUUACUUUAUUAUCUUAGGUUGCUGAUGUGCGGAUUAUAUCAGAUCGUAACUCAAGACGGUCAAAAGGAAUUGCUUAUGUGGAGUUCACUGACAGAUCAGCUGUGCCUCUGGUGAGUUUUUGCAUGAAAUCCACUGUAGUGGUGUGAAGUGCAGUAAUGUUGCUGAAGUUGACUCCACAACAAAACCAACUUGAUUUAACCUGGUCACUGAACAGGGCAUCAAACUAAUAGUUGAGGGUGUCAUUGCCUGCCUUUGUUUUCUAUUGUUUUUUUAUGUUGUUGCAGUGUUGAUGCUGAGUCUUGUUUGUGUGCAUGAACUUUUCAUUUUCAUAGGCAAUAAACCUGUCUGGUCAGAAACUCUUAGGAGCCCCAAUUAUGGUGAUGCCUACCCAAGCAGAGAAGAACAGAGCAGCAGCAGAGGCUGAAAAGCUCAAGGCUCCACCAGGACCUACAAGACUAUAUGUUGGAUCCCUUCACUUUAACAUCACAGAACAAAUGAUAAAGGCAAUAUUUGAACCCUUUGGAAUUGUUGAUAGUGUACAGCUUAUUUAUGACUCUGAGACAGGAAGGUCGAAAGGCUAUGGCUUCUUACAGUUCAGAGAUGCUGAUGCUGCAAGGCAAGCCAUGGAUCAGAUGAAUGGUUUUGAACUUGCUGGAAGGCCUAUGAAGGUUGGGCCUGUAACAGAGCGAGGGGACUCAUCUUCCUAUUCCUUCCUGGAUGAUGAGGAGUAUGAAAAGGGUGGUGUUGAAUUAAACUCCACUGCGAGGGCUGCUCUCAUGGCUAAAUUAUCUCAGGGUCAUUCUGCCGGUAAGUGCACCUGGCGAUAAAAAUGGAAAAGAAUCUCUUCCUGCAUUAUGCCACCACCAUUCUGAGAUUUCACUAAAGUGUUCCUUAAGUGGCUACUAGUUAUACAUUUAGUGGAAUUUUAAUUGUUGUUUGUUGUAAGAACUGUACAAUUGAAGUCUUAAACAACUCACUUUUUUAACUUGCUCAUGAUAUGCAAAUGAAGAAAUGAUUCUCAUCUGUAAACUGCAAGAAAGGAAGUGAUUCCAACCUGUGCCUCUCGGAAUGAAGUUGUGCACUAGUACAAAAUGAGUGAAGAGGCUGUGAUGUGAGCAAGGCAAGACUUGGGGUGUUUGAUCUUGGAAGGAAUUUUCUCUCAAUUAAAUAAAGUAGCUAAUACUUGUGGAUGAGCCUUUCAAAACUCCUCUCACUUCCAAUGUGUGGCUUUUUUUUCUCUUUCAGUAGCAUUCAGGUAAUGGGUGAAGAUUUAUUGAUUUAUUUUGCCUUUCUAGGUCUUCAAGUGCCAGGUGUUCCCCCUGCUGUUGUUGGUGUACAACAAGCUAUGACAGCACCUGUAGCCAUUCCCCUUCCUACACCCUGUAUCAUGCUGUUAAACAUGUUUGACCCUACCAAGUAAGUAGCAGCUUCCCUCUUAAACUUUUCAUGCUGUACUCCAGUCCUUGUACUGUACAUGCAUAUGUGUAUGCAUGUUUUGUAGGAGAGUACAGCUGGAAGUUCCUGGAUGUCACUUUGAUGUGAGAGGAAUAGUUACCAUAGUUUGAGUAGGAAAGCCUUCACAUGGUCUGAGGCAUUAGCCAUUGUCAAUUUUCUGUCAAAGCAUUUACCUUUGGUAGUGGUUAUUAAUCUUGAAAAAGUUUUUAUUCUGGAAAGAAGAUCAGAGUGGUUUUAUUUGUUUCAAUAGAGAGAAAGACCCUGAUUGGGAUGCUGACAUUCAAGAUGAUGUAUUGGAAGAAUGCACAAAAUAUGGUCAUGUGUAUCACAUUCAUGUGGACAAGACCUCUACCCAGGUUUGUUUGAAGCAAAUAAUAUGUGCAUAGAGCAGCUGUGCAUGGACUUAGACUGGUCUUAGUUGCAUUCUUCACCACUGCAGCAAGGGCUCGUCAUGUGUAAUUUUUUUUCAAAUCUUAUAAAAAUGGAAAAAUGUUAAAGAACUUCCUUGCCCCUUCGAAGUGGUCCAAGUGCGAGCAAGGCUCUUGAAUUAUUAACAGUCUCCUUAAGCUGAUAUUUGCAUUUAUUUACAGGGAGUCGUGUAUGUGAAAUGUAGUAAUGCUGAAGUUGCUGCCAGUGCUUCAAAAGCCCUCCACGGCAGAUGGUUUGCUGGUAAGUGAUACUAAAGUAAUGUUACUGGUGUGAACGUUUUAGUUUAGAUCGUGUUGGCUGAGCUAUUUCCUGGUUUAUAGCGUAGAAACCGUUGCAGUGGAUUCGAAUAAUUAACUUCUUCAACUAGCGUCAAAGCAGCAAAAAUAGUAGCUGUGUGCUGAUACUGUGCACUGGCUAUGGAAGAAGUAGCGGAAUCAGUAAGGUUUCACGUCGGCGAAAAGGCUUACUUGUGUCCAUGCAUACGAACAGAAAGUGUCUGAUGGUUUGUCAGUUGUAAAGCAACUGAUCCCUCUAGUGUCUGUUAGAUUUUCACGCUUCAGCAUCUUUGUGUAGAGCGAAGCAAAACGAAAAAUUUUCUUCCCUCAACUUGUUAUCUCGGAUAAGUAUCGAUGGAUAGUGUCUUAGAGGGGUCGCUAUUCCACUGAAAUCUAUUAGUAAGGUAUUCUCAUGAGGGGUUUUCAAUUCUUCAACAAAUGCAUUCGGUCAGAAAGGUUAAAUUUCUCAGAGAACUACCAUAAUCAUUUAUGCGCAAGCAGAACAAAAUCAGUCCAGCACCUGACGCCAAAACCAUGAGGGUUUUUAUCAUAGAAUACUAAAGUUCUUUUUCUUUAUCAUUGAUAGGGAAGCAAAUUAUUGCAAGAGCAGUUCCUCUCGCAAACUACCACAGCAUGUUUCCUCAGGCAGUGUCGAUGGUGAAGCCGUUGCAACCAUCCACGUUUUGA